AUGGCUGAAGAAGCCCCACCCAAAAUGUCGACGGAGAGACGGGCGUCUCUUACUGCGGUUGCCGAGGGCCUGACGAGCGAGGAUGAUGCAGCGGUUUUAGCAAAGCUUGGAUACAAGCAAGAAUUAAGAAGAAACUUCACGAUGAUCGAAGUAUUCGGUAUCGCUUUUUCGAUUAUGGGAUUGCUACCCUCAAUUGCUUCGACACUUGCGUAUUCGUUGCCGGCUGGACCUGCUGGUCUUGUUUGGGGCUGGUUUGUGGCCAGCGGCUUCAUUUUCAUUGUUGGACUUGCUAUGGCUGAUAUGGGCUCUGCAAUGCCGACAUCCGGGGGUCUAUAUUGGUGGACGCACUAUUUCGCCUCGCCCAAAACUCGAAAUGCUUUGAGCUUCUUGGUAGGAUAUAGCAACACCCUGGGAUUGGUUGGUGGUCUCUGCUCCAUCGACUACGGCUUCGCUCUUAUGUUCCUCUCCGUAAUCGUCAUUGCCCGGGAUGGCGAAUGGACACCCUCCAACGGCAUCGUCUACGUUGUGUUCAUGUGCUGUGUUCUUCUCCAUGGCGUAUUAGCUUCCACAUUAUCGAAGGUGAUGGGGAAAUUGCAAACCGUCUUCGUCGUAGCGAACUUCAUCCUCAUAGCAGCAACAGUCAUCGCAUUGCCCAUCGGCAGAGCCAGUGAGCGAAACAACGGAAAAUACAUUUUCGCAACAACUGGUAACCUCACUACGUGGCCAACUGGAUGGGCGUGGUUUCUCUCCUGGCUUUCGCCUAUUUGGACGAUUGGUGCUUUUGACUCAUGCGUUCACAUGUCCGAGGAGGCUGCUAAUGCCACUAGGGCGGUUCCCUAUGGUAUUUUAAUGUCCAUCGGUUCCUGCUGGUUGUUUGGGUGGAUCAUUGUUAUUGUGAUUGCUGCAUGCAUCAAUCCAGACAUAGAAUCCCUCCUCGGCUCUCCAUUUGGACAGCCGAUGGCCCAGAUCUAUUACGACGCUGUUGGCAAGAAGGGAGCGUUGGGCCUGAUGAGCUUGCUUUUUAUUGUCCAGUUUCUGAUGGGUUUGAGUAUCCUUGUUGCUGCUAGCAGACAGAGUUGGGCGUUCAGUAGAGACGGUGCCCUCCCUUUCAGCAGCUUCUUCCGCCGCAUCUCCACCCGCCUAGGCUACAUUCCCUUCCGCACAGUCUGGGGCUGCGUAUUCCUGGCCCUAAUCCUCGGGCUCCUGUGUCUCAUCGCGCCCGCUUCAGCCGCUGCUCUCUUCUCUCUCGCUGUCGCCGGCAACAAUGUUGCUUGGGGGGUCCCCAUAUUCUGCCGCCUCGUCUGGGGUGAAAAGAAAUUCAAACCCGGACCUUUCUAUACAGGCGCGCUGUCCAAACCAAUCGGCUGGGUCGCCAUCGUUUUCCUCGUCUUCGGCAUCUUGCUUUCGAUGAUGCCGGUUGGUGGUCCGAAUCCGACACCCGAGACUAUGAACUAUACGGUCGUGAUUAAUUGCGCAGUUUGGGGCGGGAGUUUGUUGUAUUAUUUUGUUGAUGCGAGGAAGUGGUUUACAGGACCAAAGAUUACGCUAAAUGAGGAUGAGCUAAGCCCAGCGCAGGCCGAGGCGAUUAAGGAAGAGGGAUUGGAGAUUGAAGGGGUGCUGGCGCCGGGAGAGAGGAGUGAUACUGAGGGGGUGGUGGAGGUGGAUCUUGAGAAGAAGGUUUAA